AUGAUUGAGGCGUUGUUGAGAUUGAUUAUGUCAGGGGGUCAUCAUGACCCCGCCAGCUACGGUUGUACGGAUAAUAAAAUUGCGACAUCGUCAUCGAGUCCACAGGUGAAUUUCACCAGUACUACAGCUAGCAAUGGGCAUAUGUCUUCAUUAUACUCGGAGGGCAGCUCGGCUAUCCCUGGAGUUCCCGUUGAUGCUCCGCUGACUGUUAAACAACAUUUUCAGCAACAGCGAAAACAGCAGAAAAAGAGGGCUCGGGAGAGUCGCAGAGAGGAGAGGUUGCAAGCUGGCACCAGACUUUUUACUACCACCACGACUGCAUCGCUACAAUCCUCAGGAACAACUUUGGCAGAAACCAGCAUCGCUAGCAGCGAUGCACAGCAGCAGAGUGAAAAACCUCCCGUGGACUCACAUUCACCCAUGCUCUCACAGCAGUUGCGCCGAAGCACACCUACCGGUCAAGAUCUCCCCAGCGAUGGUAGGAUGAACGUCGAUCCUAACCUGCUCGAACCGCUCAAAGCAGAUAGUUACAGUCAAAUGUGCAGAACAGCAACUUCAGGCUUUCUUCCAUUUUCUGCCAAUAGCGGACCCUUUCCUACUCGGAUUGUGAACGAAUCCAUUUUCUCCUCCUCGUUAGGGGCGCAUUCGAGCGAUUCGUACGAUCCUAUUUUCCAAAUGUCGAGCAUAGAAUCGGAGAGACGACCUUUUGACAUUGUAGCGCGGAGUGAAGGAGUGCGCCCAGACUGCCAAGCAAAUAGUUUCGAUCAUACAAUAAACCAAACACCCAUCAUGUCCAUGAGCGAUGGUUCACGGACGAUGGAGAGUGGCGUACCGCCGGAUCUUUCCAAUAUCUAUGCAUCUGUGGAAGCUUUGGAUAUUCCGAAUGUGUCUUCUGACAACGGUUUGGUUGAUAUGAAUGGAGCGCUAGACCAAAAUCAUGUGGAUGCAGAUCCGACCGCAUUUGAACAAGGAGUUGAAAAGCUGGAGACUGAAACGGACGAUCGUUUUUUGAAUUGGCUCUAUUGUGAGAAUGAGCAUGCUGAAGAUGAUAAUGCUGAGUAUACUCGUGUGUUGGAAGAGAUAGAGCGGGAUGCAUGUUAUCCUCUCAAAGUUGAAAGCGACAACCAAGCGUCUGACUUCAAUAUGACUGCUCCACCUUCUAAUCUUCCGGAUGGCUAUCGCAAAAUUGAGCUAGAUCCUUCUCAUCCGUUGUCAUCUGACUGCGUCGUGGGAGAGUAUGCUUCGCUUCCUCCAACAAUGCCACCACGAGAACCUGUUCCUGAUGGUUACGUAAUGAAUGAUUAUGAAUCCGAUCUCGACCUUGAUAUGUUGCCAAUUGGCGAAGAUGAGGAGACCAUGUAUGGACGCCUACUGGAUGUUCUUGUGAGGGAUAUAAAACUUUUGACUUACAAUAAUGCGGCUCUGGUGGACGAAGUCUCGAGGUUGAAUUAUGCCAUUCUCAUAGCUUCAGAGGAGCGAAAAGUACUGGCAAGACGGUCUUGUCAUCAUGACAGAAAUCGCAUACGGCGCCUGCAAACUGCUAAUAAACGCAAAUCGGACGCUCAGAAACGUCAACAAGAGCAGCUGACAUUGGCAGAAACUCAAGAAAACAUUGCCCAAAUCAAAGCGAAGAUGGCGAAAACCAUUGCUAGUCCUCAGAAGGUAAAACCUGCUUUGCCAUCUUCAUGUCCAAGACCAACUCUAGACGUCGCAGCAAUUAAGCGCAGCGUUGAAGCUGAACAACGUGCUCUCGAAGUUCGAGCAUCUUCGAAAAAGUCCAAACGAAAGUCCGGAAGUUCGAAAUCGCAACGUAGACGAACAGAGCAGCGUGCAGAAAGUGCAUCAAGUGCUCUGACAGAUCUAGCAGAGAGCCCUGCGAAGCGGAUGCGAAGUGAGUCCGAACGAGCCCUUGUCAGCGAAGAUAUGACACUUAGAAAAGAUGAUGAAGAUCCUGCGGAUUGGCAGAAUCGACGAAAACGAGGAAGUCGUUUUUCUACUCCACAACAAGGUUUAAUGGACGGUAGCGGUGCUUUAUCCGAUACUAUAAAUGUACAGGAACCAGGACCGCUGAAAACUAGUGACGGAAGCGUCGAAGCGAAUAUGAUGCAUGAAGUGGAAUCAGCUCUUCUUCCAGCCGACAUAGGAAAAGAUGAUGAUUCACAGUCUUGGCGUCGGAGAUCAGGACGUCCACCUGCGCGAGCUGCCAGUGCUGCUGCGCAGACUCUUCUCGCUGCUGAAUUGGCUGCCAAUGACGAAGCUUCAUUUUCUACCAAAAAACCCAGUCGUGCUCGCUCAAACACCAAUGAGUCGCCUAAUGCUCGCGCAUCCAAAUCUAAGCGCAAUGCAUCUGUGGGUGUUCUCGGACCAGAAGACGGUUCUGAUGAGCCUUUGGCGCAUUCUGACAAUAAAGAGCUUGGGCUUGAACUUUAUGACACAGAAUGUCAUGGAGAAUCGGCAUAUUUGGACAGAUCCGAAUCGGAACACAAAGAUGAUGCUCCUGAUGAAGAAGCAGUGCUAAGUGAUGCGCUAGAAAGUGAGGACUCGAGAGGAUCGCAACGAUUGCGGCCUAUGAGAAGAUCUACGAGAACGUCUUCGCGCCAGAGCUUUGGUGAUGUGGCUGAUGGUAUUGAUACCCAACAGCGAAGUUCACGAUCGCCUUCACAUGAGGAACAUUCGGUAGGCGAGGAGCCAGUAUCCAGGGCAACAAGAUCUCACGGGAGAGCAAGUAGUUCAUCAGUCACCCAAAAUGAGCGGCAAAUGAGGGAAAGAAAGCAAACUGUUCUAUAUUCUCCUGUCGCUAAAACUUCUCCUGCACCACAAAGUCGAAGUGUAAAAAGAAAGUCUUAGAUUAAUAAAUAAAAUCUAUCAUAUGAAUACAUGGAUUGUUGCUUUUUUUCUGACACAAACGAGGAGUUCAGGACAUUAUGGCAAGC